AGGACUUUGUAGCUUUUAGCUUCUCUGCAGACAUGUGGUUUAAACUGCAUUAUAAUAACACUGUUCUCGUUAGAUAAUGCUACCAUGACAGCUAUUAUAUAACACAUAUUGUAAAGUAGUAAACCUAGUUGUGUUAAUAUGAUCAUAAACAGCAGAAUGAGGGCUUGUUUUGGUGUCAAAACUCAGCAGUUGAUCAGCAGAGUCUUCCGGCAUCCUGUCCAUCCUUCAGCAGCAGUGGGAUGGCGAUUGGCUCAGAGCAGACUCCUCUCAGCAGGUGAAUCCAAGCCCCGCCCCUCCAUGCUGAAACACCUGACCUUCAAAAUAAAAGCCACAGGUCCCAUCACAGUGGCGGAGUACAUGAGAGAGGUGCUCACCAACCCAGUGACGGGUUAUUAUGUGAGGAACAACAUGCUGGGACCUGACGGAGAUUUCAUCACUUCACCAGAAAUCAGCCAGAUUUUUGGAGAGGUGAGGCGGAAAGAAAUCCAGAUUAACAGGAAAUAG